UGCCAAGUUUCCAAUUAAAGACUGACAUUCCUGCAUGAGGAUUUCUCUGUUAAAAUGUCCUUGCCUCUGACAGAGGAGCAGAGGAAAAAAAUCGAAGAGAAUCGACAGAGGGCUCUGGCCCGUAGAGCUGAGAAAUUAUUAGCAGAACAGCAUCAGAGCGCAGGCUUGUGCCCUUCCGCUGCUGCCACGCCUUCCCAGUCCAAGCAGGGCCCUUCCCAGCAUCUCCUCAGGGAUCCUUCUAAGCCAGGGAGCCAUGGUGUCAUUUUCAAGCAGCAGAAUCCCAGUAGUUCGUCUAAUGGUGACCGAAGACCUCAUAAUUCCCACAGUUUUCCUCUCAGCACUCCAGAGCAGGCAAAGGGGACAUGGAGGAGGCAAGGAGAGAUGCCCACAGCCUGCCCAAGUCACAGCCCCCCAAGUCAAAUGCCUGUCACUGGGGUCUCUCCUCCCUUGGCACAAAGUCCUCCACAGGUCCCCAGCCAGCAGCUCUUGGGUUAUGAGUUAGGUCAAGGUCAUUCCCAGUCUUCACAGGAGACCAGAUUGACACCUUUUGCUAACACAACUCAUGAACCUUUGUCCAAAGCAAAGAGUUUCCAGAAGACACCAGCUCCCUCUGGACAGCCUCCUGGGGAUCCUGAAUUAGAGGCCAAGAUGGUGAGACCGUCCACCUCGGGGCAGAACAUUUCUGAUGUCCACUGUGGCUCAGGGAGUGGGACACCCAGGACAGAUGGAGGACUCCUGCAGAAGCUAGGGGCCUCGCUCCAGAAAGCAGGAAGCUCCCAGAACGGCGUGUGCGUGAGGCAUGGGGAUCGUUUCCACGUGAAGAUGGGAUACAACGCGGAGCUCAUCGCAGUGUUUAAGAGUUUGCCCAGCAGACGUUACGAUCCUGCCACCAAGAUGUGGAACUUCAGCAUGACCGACUACAGCACCCUAAUGAAAGCAGCCCAGCGCAUCCCCAAGGUCACCCUACAGCCUCUGGAAAGAGGCGAGGGCAGUGUGGCACAGACCAGCCUCCCAUCAGCCCCCUCCCUUGGCUUUGUCAAAGGGCGAUGUGUGCUCAUCUCCCGGGCCCGCUUCGAGGCAGACAUCGGCUAUUCGGAAGACCUGAUUGCGCUGUUUAAACAGAUGGAGUCCAGAAUUUAUGAUGUCCAGACCAAGAAGUGGAACUUUCUCUUGGAAGAGCACAGUAAACUAAUUGAAAGGGUGCGUGGCCUUCCACACGUUCAGCUGGAUCCUCUGCCCAAGACACUCCUCCUGGCGUUCGCAUCUCAGCUCGAGAAGACGUCUCUCCAUCUCACGGCGGACAUCCCUGAGGCCGACCUCUCUGGAGUAGACCCCAAGCUCGUGUCUAACCUGCUGCCCUUUCAGAGAACUGGAGUCAGCUCUGCCAUAGCCAAGGGAGGCCGCCUGCUCCUUGCCGAUGACAUGGGCCUGGGGAAGACCAUCCAAGCCAUCUGCAUAGCGGCCUUUUACCGGAAGGAAUGGCCCCUCCUGGUGGUGGUACCAUCCUCCGUGCGCUUCACCUGGGAGCAGGCCUUCCUUCAGUGGCUACCGUCCCUGAGCCCAGACCGCAUCAAUGUCGUGGUGACCGGCAAGGACUGCCUGACAGCUGGCUUGGUCAACAUUGUCAGUUUUGACCUUCUGAGCAAGUUGGAAAAACAGCUGAAACAGCUAAAAAUUCCUUUUAAAGUUGUCAUCAUUGAUGAAUCUCACUUCCUCAAAAACAGUAAGACGGCCCGGUGUCGCGCUGCCAUGCCCCUCCUCAAGAUGGCCAACCGGGUGAUCUUACUGUCGGGCACGCCAGCCAUGUCCCGGCCUGCAGAGCUCUACACGCAGAUCCUUGCGGUCAAGCCAACUUUCUUCCCUCAGUUUCAUGCCUUUGGACUUCGCUACUGUGAUGCCAAGCGGAUGCCCUGGGGGUGGGAUUACUCAGGCUCCUCCAACCUCAGGGAGCUGAAGCUCCUGCUGGAGGAAGCGGUCAUGCUACGCCGCCUCAAAUCCGACGUCCUUUCCCAGCUUCCCGCCAAACAGCGCAAGAUGGUAGUCGUUGCCCCAGGCCGGAUCAAUGCCAGGACCAGAGCGUCCCUGGAUGCGGCAGCCAAGGAGAUGACCACCAAGAACAAAACAAAACAGCAGCAAAAAGAGGCCCUCAUUCUCUUCUUCAACAGAACAGCUGAAGCUAAAAUCCCAUGUGUCAUUGAAUAUAUCCUGGACCUACUGGAAAGUGGAAGAGAGAAGUUUCUAGUGUUUGCACACCAUAAGGUGGUUCUGGAUGCAGUUACUAAGGAGCUUGAGAGAAAGCAGGUGCAGCACAUCCGCAUCGACGGCUCCACCUCCUCGGCCGACCGCGAGGCCCUGUGCCAGGAGUUCCAGCUGACCGAGAGGCACGCCGUGGCUGUGCUGUCCAUCACCGCCGCCAACAUGGGCCUCACCUUCUCCUCGGCGGAUCUGGUGGUAUUCGCAGAGCUGUUUUGGAACCCAGGGGUGCUGAUCCAGGCUGAGGACCGGGUGCACCGCAUUGGACAGUCGAGAUCCGUGGGCAUCCACUACCUCGUGGCGAGAGGCACCGCUGACGACUACCUUUGGCCUAUGAUUCAAGAGAAGAUUAAAAUUCUGGGUGAAGCCGGGCUUUCUGAGACCAAUUUUUCAGAAAUGACAGAAGCCACUGAUUACCUCUACAAGGACCCAAAGCAGCAGAAGAUCUAUGACCUUUUCCAGAAGUCCUUUGAGGAAGCCGGAAGCGAUAUGGAGCUCCUGGAUGCAGCAGAGUCCUUUGACCCCGGAAGUGGUUCCCAGGACAUGGGAGACACACUGGAGGAAAGCACCAUGACGGGCAGUCCACUGAAGAAAAGGAGAUUUGAAUUUUUUGAUAACUGGGACAGCUUUACCUCUCCGCUGUAAGAGGGGCAGAAAAAGCAUUUAAAAAUCACAGAAUU